AAUCGUCAGGACUACUGUGAAAACGCAGUGUACAAUUAUGUUUGAAUCACAUACUCAUUGCAGGCAUAUUAUGUGUCAAUAGAUCUACACACAUAUCUGUUUGAAACAUUGAUUGUCUGGGUGCAUGAAUAGACCUUGACAUCAUCCCGUGGGGGUCGUAUUUGCAUCGCUCAUUUUGGGUGCCGGCACUCAUUAACCUGCUGCAGCCGCAUGGUAGCCAAAGUCUCCACAGCCACCUCUCCAGGUUGUAAGGGCCACAUAUGACCUCCUCUGAAGACUUCUGCUUCUGAAGACGUCCACUUCAGCUACCACACUUCAAUUCUGAACACCAGUGCUACAGGACUUCCAUUCGAAACACCAGAACUACCUGACCUCCAUUACCUUUGGUCCAUGCCAGGUCUAAAGCAGGGCUCAGACCAAAGACUCCCGACGAGACGAGACGAGACGCGAUGUUCUAAACCUUGCGACUGCGACUCAACGUGUUUAAUGCUCUGCAACAGCUUGCGACGGCUUGCAACUACGUGCAACUUCUAAUUCACAGCGCUGCAACUCAGUCUCGUCGUGUCGGGAAUCUUUGGAGUGAAUUGGGCUUUAGAGCAUCUACAAAGAACAGAAAACCAAAUAUUUGCCUCAGUGUGGUGUGGGUGUAGGGGCAGGAAUGGAGCUGAGCAAAGACCACUCCGAGUGCCAGAGGCCCGGUCAGCCGGUCGGACAGCCGAGAGGUGCCUGGAGCCGGAGGCUGGAGUUUGUCCUGGCCUCCAUCGGCUAUGCGGUGGGCUUGUCAAACGUCUGGAGGUUUCCCUACCUCUGCUAUAGAAAUGGAGGAGGCGCAUUCUUUAUUCCCUACUUCACCAUGGUGUUCCUCUGUGCCCUGCCCAUGGUGUUUCUGGAGUUUUCCAUUGGCCAGUUAACACAGUGUGGGCCUGUGCAGGCUUUCUCCAAAAUAUGCCCAUUGCUCAAAGGGAUUGGGGUGGGUACAGUCGUGGUGUCCUUCAUCUUCAUCGGUUACUUCAACACCCUCAUGAGUUGGAUCCUCUUCUACCUCUUCAACUCGUUCAGCUCCCCGUUGCCAUGGCAGUCGUGCAACAACACCUGGAACGUUCUGGAAACCUGUUCAGUUGGGUUCACCGUCAACGACUCUCUCAGGCAGUCGGCCAGCCAGCAGUUCUUUAACCACAGACUCCUGGAGGUCACUCAAGGGAUAGAACAUAUGGGCAGCAUACGCUGGGAGUUACUAGGCUGUCUUAUUCUCGCCUGGAUGAUUGAGUACUUCAGUAUCUUCAAAGGGGUUAAGCUAACUGGCAAGGUGGUAUACUUCACUGCGUUGUUCCCCUACACCAUCCUCAUCAUCCUGCUGGUGUUCACCUGCAGACUGCCAGGGGCAGCAGAUGGCGCCCUGUUCUUCCUCACACCCAAGUGGCACAAACUCAAAGAGGUCCAGGUUUGGAUUGACGCUCUGUCACAAAUCUUCUUCUCCAUCGGCGUGGGCUUUGGCGUCAUGAUCUCCAUGGCCAGCUAUAACAACUACAACUACAACAUCCUCAGAGAUUCUCUCAUCGUGGCCUUGGCCAACUCAGCCACCAGCGUCUUCUCAGGAUUUGUGGUCUUCUCCGCCCUUGGCUACAUGGCCCACGAGCGUAAUCUCACUAUUGACGAUCUCGCUGUUGGAGGGCCUGGCCUUGCGUUUCUGGUGUAUCCAGAGAUCUUGGCCACCAUGCCUGUCCCUCAGCUGUGGGCCUUCCUCUUCUUCCUGAUGCUGCUCUGUCUGGGACUGGACAGUCAGUUUGCGCACCUGGAGCUGGUGGCCACGUGUGUGGAGGACGGCCUGAGCCCAAAGCUGCCUCCCUGGCUUAGGCGGAAGGAGGUGCUCCUCCUGCUGGUCAGCAUGGGAAGUUUCCUAGUGGGUCUGCCCUGCAUCUUCCAGGGUGGGAUCUACAUGUUCCAACUAAUGGAGCACUACACAACUGCAGUCUCUGUGCUCGUCAUGGCCGUGCUGGAGAUUGCUGCCAUCAGCUGGAUAUUAGGCCUAAACAGAUUUUCCGCAAUGCUAACAAAAACACUGGGGAAACCACCAAACAUUUACUUCAAGGUUUGCUGGUUGGUUAUCACCCCCGUGAUGGUCAUGGCUAUAUUAGUCACAAGUAUAGUGCAGCACACCCCUCCUCGCUAUGGGAAGUGGUACCAGUUCCCUGAUUGGUCCAGAGCUGUGGGCUGGAUGUUGACUAUGGCUUCUAUCAUCUGCAUCCCCCUCGGAGCACUGCAUGAACUCUACACCAGGAAGGGCUCCCUCAUGGAGAGGUUGAGGUCCUCAGUAACCCCGUGUCUGGAGCUGGACGUUCCCCCAGCAUCCCAUCAGGAACAAGAGAUCUGCCUGGCCAGCAGAUCCCAAGAAGCAUGAUUGACUCUAUCAGCUUUUUAAGAAAUGUACAACAUAAUUCAUCUUAGAAUUGUUUUACACUGAAAGAGUGUGUGAGUGUGUGUGUGUGUCAUAUAGCUGAUGGCCUACAGAUUGUCAACACUGGCAAGAAAGAACAGCCUAUAUCGUAUCUGCAUCAUUUCAGUGUAAAGUGAACCAGCUGUCGUUCAACAAAUAACAUGAACUGAACUGUUUUGUGGAAAUCUGAAGGAAACAAAAUAUGUGCAUAAUUUUGUUCAUACUGCAGAUAUAUUUGGUGUGGGUUGUUGUUGUUGUUGUUGUGUCCAGAUUUUUUCUAUUGUCAUUAUUAUUAUUAUUUCUGAUGUUCUACUGUAAAUCUUUGUUGUUGCUGAGUUGAGUAGAGUUGUGUUGGCAUUAGUCUACAGGAGGCUCAGCCAGGGCCAGCUGGAAGGACUGGCAGGAUGUAGCCUAUUAAAUGACUAAAA